AUGUCGAAUCCUGCAUUACAAGUAUACGGUGGUGAUGAAAUUACUGCGGUAGUCAUUGACCCAGGUUCUUUCUCUACAAACAUCGGGUUUUCUGGGACCGAUUGUCCCCAGGCUAUACUGCCAUCAUGUUAUGGCGAACAAAAGGCAGAAACGGAGGAUAACGCUCCUAAAAAGAUCUUUGCGGAACAGUCCAUUGGCAUUCCCAGACCUGACUAUGAGAUCAAGCCAAUUGUUCAAAAUAGUAUGGUUGUUGAUUGGGAUGCUGCCGAAGAACAGUGGUCAUGGGCACUGAAGGACAUACUAUAUCUUAACUCCAAUUCGGGCAUUCCUGCUUUAUUGACUGAGCCAAUAUGGAACACUUUGGAGAACAAAACGAAAUCCUUAGAGAUACUAUUAGAGUCAUUACAAUUUGAAGCCUGUUACCUAUCAUCGACGCCUACCUGCGUUUCUUUCGCGUCAGGUAGACCUAAUUGCCUGGUUGUUGAUUUGGGCCAUGAUACGACAAGUGUAAGUCCUGUAGUAGACGGAAUGACACUUUCUAAAAGUACAAUGAGAAACUUUCUCGCUGGGAACUGCAUUAACGAGCUAAUCAAAAAGCCACUGAAAGGCAAAGAUUUGGUGCCACUUUUUGAGAUAGCUCAAAGAAAGCCAGAAUUCAAAAAGAAGACAUUUGACUAUCAGAUUCAUCCAUCAUUAUACAAUUAUGCAAAUUCACGAGGAUUUCUCCAGGAAUGCAAGGAAACUCUAUGUCAGGUGGCACCAUCUCCGUUAGAUAAAAUGGACUCACAGUUAGAGUCUAUGGCUAAAAGGUCUAUAGAAGCUCCUUGGGCCGAAGAGCUUGUCUUCGAUAACAAGACACGUUUUGGGUUUGCCGAACAAUUGUUCGCACCACAGAAGGAUGAGCUACCUGAGAACUGGCCUUUGUCAAAAGAUGGGAUAGUCGAAACGUGGCACAACGACUACGUCCCACUGAAGAGAAAUAAACCUAAUGGCGGCAAACCAGAGAAGCAGAAUAAUGAAGAAGGUGAGUCUGCCGCUCACGAAGAUGAUACGGCAACAGAGACUCCAAAUGAAAACGGAAAGAGACCUCUUGAGGAGUCUGUCACUGGCAGUGAUAUCGCUGGUGCUGCAGACCUUGUCAAUGCCUCAAUUCUAGCCAGUGACGUCGACCUGCGGGCUACUUUGGCGCAUAACAUUGUUUUAACAGGUGGGACUUCUUCGAUUCCAGGGUUUAGCGAUAGACUCAUGUCAGAGCUGAACAAGAAACUGCCCGCUCUAAAAUUCAGAAUAUUGACUACUGGCCAUUUGAGGGAAAGACAAUAUCAAGCAUGGUUGGGUGGUAGCAUACUCACAAGUCUAGGCAGUUUCCAUCAACUUUGGGUGGGUAAACAGGAAUACGAAGAAGUUGGUCCGGAUAGGCUAUUAAGUGAUAGAUUCAGGUAG